GUUGUACGUCACGAAGCACGUUGUAAUGUUUACACGAUGAUAGAACGUUGAAUUUCUUCGUUUUACUGAAAUUGUAAUAUUGUUUGUACUUAUUUAAAUAUUAAGAUUAAAGAAGUAACGUCGAAUUGAUGUAAAAUGCCGAUCGAACGAACGACUGCUAUGUUCGAGAUUGAGAAAACAGCACUUAGAUUUGCAGUUAACAUGACUUUUACUCUCUUACGCUUUGUCAUUUCUUAAUUUCGAGAAGAAAAAGAAGACUGUUUCGUGUACGACAUGAGACUGAAAUCUGCGUGUAUCGUUUUUCUUUUCCUACAAACUGUGUGGUGUUUAAAACCGACGAUUGUGUGGCAUACGAAACGUCUUUAUCCUCAUUUAACCGAUCCUCAAAAUAUUCAUUGUGGAAAUGUAACGUGCAUCUCUACGAGGAAGAGGGAAAUUUCGGGAAACGGGAAAUACGUGGCCUACUUAUUUUACGGAACUGAUCUCGAAGCGGAAGAUCUGCCCUUGCCGAGGUCCGACGACGACGUCUGGGCUCUGAUACACGAAGAGUCUCCCAUGAACAAUUAUCUCUUUUCGCACGCGGCCGGUAUAAAGCUGUUCAACCUGACUUCGACUUUCAGGAGAGAAUCCGACUAUCCGCUGACCACACAAUUUAUUCCUUCUCUGGAGUAUUUGACCGAGAGGAUGGCCGUCCCGUUGGAAGAGAAAAACAGAUUAAGGCGAGAGGGUCUUUCUCCUCUUCUUUACGUUCAGUCCCAUUGUUCCGUUGCCUCCGACAGGGACAGAUACGUGAAAGAACUGUCCAAUUAUAUUCCCAUUGAUUCGUACGGAAGUUGUCUUAAUAAUGCCACCCUUCCUUCGGAUCUCGCCACUACGGAUAAAUACGAGAGUGAGAAAUUUCUGCAGUUUAUAUCCAAGUAUAAGUUUCACUUAGCAUUCGAAAAUGCGAUCUGUGACGAUUACAUGACGGAAAAGUUAUUUAGAGCCCUCCACGUAGGUUCCGUUCCGGUAUAUAAAGGCUCCUCUGUCGUCAGAGAUUGGAUGCCGGACGAAAACUCUGUCGUCGUCGUCGACGAUUUCGAUUCUCCGGUGGACCUGGCUAAUUAUUUGAUGAAAUUAGAUCGGUCGGAUGAGGAAUAUAAUUCUUUCCUCGAAUUCAAAAGGACCAAAGCGGUCAAAAAUGAAAUGUUACGUCGGGUAAUAGAAUCUCGUGAAUGGGGUAUUAACGAUAUUAAUAAAAUAGACGUUUUCCAAGGAUUUGAAUGUUUCGUGUGUCAAAAAAUGGUUGAUUUUGUAAUUAAUCAACAGAAAUGUUUCGCUGGUGGAGAUUGCAAGGAGAUUUCGUAUGUAGCAAAUAAGAAUCAUAUGGGAUGUCCGCAGCCUCGUCCUUCCUUGGAAACCAAAUUAGAAAUGAAUGAUAAAUGGGUUCAAGAAUCUUGGGUGGAUAGCUACUGGUAUGGACUGGAUUUGGCAAAAGCGAUUCACAAGAUGAUCGAAGCUAGAGAGAAGAAAUCUUCUCGGAUUAAUAAAUACCUGAUGUCCAUGAAAUGUUUACAAAGGGUUCUGUAAGUUUUAUUGUUAUAACAGAAGUAAAUAAAUGUUUUAGUAAUAAAUGAUAUUCCUGCCAUUGUGUGAAGCUGCUGAAAUAUUCCAAAAUAUUUUUAUUAAUAAAGCUACAUGAAAAAGUAAUAGGAUAUUGUAGUUUGUAUUCAAAUCACUCAAACUAAUUUACAAUAAAAAAAUACUGAAUUACCUUGCAUCAUCAGUAGUAUGGUUAUGUACAGAUGCUUUUCACACUUAUCCCAUUCAGAGUAUAUGUCAAAGCACUUGAACUUCCUGUCUCUAUCAGGAGGAAACAUGCCACAUGUUUUCCAUUAAUAGGAGGGUAAUGAAUAGAUUAUGCUGCGGUACCAUUUAAUUAUUGAUUUAUAUUGAUAUCAGUGAAACUUUAUUUACGAGACAGGUUAAGAUGGGCCGGAUGGCCGAGCGGUCAAGGUGGCAGUCUACCGCUCCGGGGACCCGGGAUCAGAUCCGGUUGGGUCAAAAAUUCCUGGGCCCUGUCCCUCACCAUCCGGCCGCACCAAUGUGGGCCCUGUCCCUCAUCAUCCGGCCGCACCAAUGUGGGGCUGGCUAAAAAGGGCUUAAUAAAAUUACCCACAGCUACACUGUUACCAAUCUUUGCUCUUACCAUCCUGUUUAACGCCCGAUUUCUUCUGACAACACUCGACCUAUAAUCUGUGUCAAACCACGAAAAUUUAGAAGUUCUAGAGGCCUUUGACACCAAUCUGAAAAUGGCAAUUUGUGAAUGACCCCGCUCUUGUUUAUCUUGUGGAACAACGUUGGACAAGAAUUAUCAUUGUACCAUUGAAGUCCUUACUUUAAUCUCUAUUUUCUAAAAUUAAUUUACACCUGUUUGUCGCAAGGUUCCCAUUAUUCUAUAAAUUAAUUUUUGAUAUAAUUCAAUAAAAUUCUAACAGAUUGAUCCAGUGGUAUAACUAAGAUUUUGCUCUGGGCAACGAUCUAAAAUGUACAGUCGGAAAGAAGAAAAAUUAUUAAAAACCACCAGUGACCAUUGAAAAUAAAACCGAGAGAGACCAUUUUAUAUUUUGUAAAUAAACAAUUUUAUUAUAAUAGAGUAAAAAUAUUUUUAAAUUAAUAUUUAUUGCAGUUACAUUAGUACAAAAUAUUUACAAUACGUAAUCUAAUUUGGGUACAAAAUACAUCGUUAUUUAAAUCGGUGGGGGGGGAAUCAUCGGUCGGUGCAAAAGUUUGUCUGAGUUACAUAGAAUCUCAUGUCCUUUUUGUUAUUUACAGUAAUUAAUCGCAUAGAUUUUUACAUUUUCAUCCAUUCGAA